AGGUGGUAAAUCCUGAUCCUGCCUGUGACUGUAACUCGGCCCAGAGCUCUCUGCUCUCCCUCGUAGUGUAUUUUUCAGCCCUGCCUCGGUUGCUUCCCUUCCCCUGUGCCGCCAUUAAAGCUCGUCAGCUUGGUGUUUGGAAAUCGGGGAACACGACCAAAAUGAUUUAAAGCGUCCAAACCGACGGUGGAGGGACGGGACUGAUGGGGGGAGGGUUUCUCGCUCCGUGGUAUGUAUGGACCUUCAACUGCCAACUAAACGGCGCCCCACAGAAGUAAAUAUGCGGCUAGUGUCGUCCAGUGAGAGAAGCCCGAGUUCGGAUUGGAGUGGGUUUCUCCGAUCCGAGGGGAAGCUCCGUUUGUUUUGGCUGCAGCGGGGGACCGAGGAGUGUAAACACAGCGAAGCAAAGUCUACUGCUUGCUGUGUGAUCUCCUUGAGAGUGGAUCUGCCGAGCUGAGAGUCCCUCUGAACGGCAGGAAGCCUUCCUUAGCGGCGGUGCGACGAUGACAGAGCUGGUUACCAAGUGGGCCUGUGAAUACUGCACAUACGAGAACUGGCCAUCAGCCAUCAAGUGCACCAUGUGCCGCGCUCAGAGGCCCAGCGGGGGUGCCAUCAUUACUGAGGAGCCCUUCAAGAGCAGCCCUGCCCUGGAUGCCAGUCUGCAUCAGUGGGACCCUGCAGGCCUUAGCAACACCCCAUCUCAGGGGGGAUCCAGCCUACUCAUUUGUCCAGACUCCAGUGCCCGACGCGUUCGCAUUGCUGACGUACCUGAGACUAGUAGCAAGUGGUCGUGCCACAUGUGUACCUACCUAAACUGGCCUCGGGCUAUCCGUUGCACACAGUGCCUGUGUCAAAGGCAACAGGCUCAACAACAACAGCAUGGACAACAUGCAACACAUCAAGGACAUCAUACCCAGCAGCCACGCAGCCCCACGGAAUCGCCCCAGACCUCAGGCUCCGGAUGCCACCCUACUCCCCCAGCCGCCACUACAGACCCUUGUGAGGAAUAUAAUGACCGUAACAGGCUGAACACCCAUGCAAAGCACUGGACCUGCACUACAUGCACUUAUGAGAACUGGGCCAAGGCACUCAAGUGUGUUGUGUGUGAUCAUCCCAGGCCCAAUAGUCUGCUCGCUGAACCUAUUGAACUGGCAUCAGAGCCUGAGAGCCAACAACCAUCCUCAAAACUCAAUGAACAGGACAGGGACAACAGGAGGGGUGUCACUGGGCAUGUGGUUGGGCAAGUUGGAGGUGUGGUAGGUGGUGUCGGGGGAUGUAGCAGCAGCCACAGGAGGUCACCGCCAUCAUCAAAACAGGAGUCAGAGGUGAACAUGGACUUUCAGAGGAUUGAACUGGCAUCAGGGGCUGGAGUUGGGAGCAAAGAGGAGCUUGAGGUGGAUUUCAAAAAACUGAAGCAGAUUAAGAACAGGAUGAGAAGGACUGACUGGCUGUUCCUCAAUGCAUGUGUCGGUGUUGUAGAAGGUGACCUGGCAGCCGUGGAAGCCUACAAGUCGUCAGGAGGGGACAUCGCACGACAGCUAACAUCAGACGAGGUGCGCCUGUUAAAUCGGCCCUCCGCAUUUGAUGACGGCUUCACGCUGGUUCACCUGGCAAUCCGCUUCCAGAGACAGGACAUGCUGGCAGUGUUACUCACUGAGGUCUCCCAACAGGCAGCCAAGUGUAUUCCAGCCAUGGUGUGUCCUGAGCUGACAGAGCAGAUCCGUCGUGAGGUGGCGGCUUCUCUUCACCAGCGCAAGGGCGACUUUACCUGCUAUUUCCUCACUGACCUGGUGACCUUCACCCUGCCUGCAGACAUUGAGGACCUGCCCCAAGCAGUUCAGGAAAAACUGUUCGAUGAGGUGCUGGACCGAGACGUACAAAAAGAACUUGAAGAGGAGUCUCCCAUCAUCAACUGGUCCCUGGAGCUUGGCACCAGGUUAGACAGUCGACUGUAUGCCCUGUGGAACCGCACGGCUGGGGACUGCCUCCUCGACUCUGUGCUGCAGGCUACAUGGGGCAUCUACGACAAGGACUCAGUUCUCCGCAAGACCCUCCACGACAGUCUGCACGACUGUUCUCACUGGUUUUACACGCGCUGGAAGGAGUGGGAGUCGUGGUAUUCCCAGAGCUUCGGCCUACACUUUUCCCUCCGAGAGGAACAGUGGCAGGAAGACUGGGCUUUCAUCCUGUCCCUUGCCAGCCAGCCUGGAUCCAGCUUGGAGCAGACCCAUAUUUUCGUUCUUGCACACAUACUUCGUAGGCCCAUUAUCGUCUACGGAGUGAAGUAUUACAAAAGUUUCCGUGGCGAAACACUCGGGUACACCCGUUUUCAAGGCGUGUACUUGCCCCUUUUGUGGGAGCAGAGUUUCUGCUGGAAAAGCCCCAUCGCUCUGGGCUACACGCGAGGCCAUUUCUCAGCACUGGUGGCCAUGGAGAACGACGGCUUUGACAAUCGCGGCGCAGGCGCCAACCUCAACACAGACGAUGACGUGACGGUCACGUUCCUGCCGCUGGUCGACAGCGAGAGGAAGCUGCUUCAUAUUCACUUCCUCUCUGCACAGGAAAUGGGUAAUGAAGAGCAACAGGAGAAGCUCCUCCGGGAGUGGUUGGACUGCUGCGUGACGGAGGGCGGCGUUCUGGUGGCUCUCCAGAAAAGCUCCCGCCGCCGCAACCACCCGCUCGUCACCCAGAUGGUGGAGAAGUGGCUGGACGGCUACCGGCAGAUCCGUCCCUGCGCCUCGUUGUCCGACGGAGAGGAGGAGGAAGACGACGAUGACGAGUGACGAAACUGAAGCGGCGGGAGGCGGUCCGCGGGGGGCAGGACUCCUCCCCCCUCCUCUCUCUUAAAGCUUUUUCUUUAUUUUGUUUUUAUUUUUUCCUUUCCUGACACGGACAAACUGUGAAAUCCCUCAGGAGAGGACAGGGAACCACGAGCCCCCAUCCACCCUCCACCUCCGACAGAAGACGCUGCUGCUCUUCUGGCACCACACAGGCACUCGGACAUUCGCUUAGAACACAUUCAACACUCAGACCAAGCUGAGACUGACAAACUCCACUGCUGCAAAAACACAGAUUUGGGGAGAUGAUAAAGGUUUACGAAUGCAAAUGACCUUUUGAUUUGUUUCCAGUGUAAAGGAGAAAAAAAAGAAUCUUUAUCCAUAGAUGUAAAUGCAUGUGGUUGUUUAAAAAAAAAGAUUAUAAGGAAAUAUACCAGCAUUGAUUCAAAUCAACACUUUAUAUCCGUUCAGUAUGGGCACUGACAAAAGCACACUUCCAAAUUGAUCUUUUUUGAUGUUUUUUCCAGUUGUAUACGAGUUGGCUUGUUUAGCAAUUUGUUUUUGAAUGGGCAGGGACAAAGCCAAUAAAUAUCAAUAUCUUUAGAAAACCAGAGAUUGUGUUAUAAUAAAUGACUUUAAUCCCUAUUACUAAGCACUGCACAUUUAUUAAAACAUUUCUAUAUAAAUACAGUAUCAUUGCUUGAAUUAAGGUCAUAUAUGAAGCUCUUGAAAAGGGACAUUCUCCCUUUCCAAGUCGAAUCUACACUCACUAAGGUUUUAGCACACUAACAUUCAUGUUGGAUCUUCGGUUUACCUUUUCGCAGACUGAUUGAACUGAGAAAUGUGCGUGGGUGUGUGUGCAUGUGUGGUUUUUUUCUUCUCUGAAUUUAUUCUACAUAUUUAUUGUUUGGAAACCUAUUUGAGCUAAUAAGAGCUUUCUGUAUAUUUUAUUUUUCUCCUUUUUUGUGGUUUUUGUUAAUUAUUCUCUCAAUCUUGAUGAAGACGUGUUGCACAGAAACACUGUUGCUGUGAGGAAAAGAACCAAUCAUGACCAUCAGUGAAAAGUUUACUUGCGUUGUCGCGUGCGAUUUAGUACCUCAUCUGGAUGCCUAAAAUCUGGUGCUUUUUUUCCUGGGCAGGCGAGUGUUGGGAGUGAGAUGCGUUCAAUGUCGACAUAAAACAAGUCACACUUGUCUAAUCGCUGUCUCCUGUUCCCCUGUUUGUUCCGUUAGAGCAUUCUGUUGUCAUGGUACAGCUCACCUCCUCUGUAAAGCCUGUUUGUUGUCAUUAUGUGAACCCACCUUUUUUUGAUUAAGGUCGUUGUAAGAGAUUGCAACAUAUAAAACCAAAGCUGACAGAAAAAAAAGAAAAAAAACGAGUUGUCGUUCCUUUUUUUUUUUGCUGUGAAUGUUUGCAUUUUGUUUCUUCUCGCCAUUGCGUACUGUAACCUCUUUCGUGUUUCAUUCACGUUUUGAGCAUCACCUGUAUGUUGCUUUGUAUUUAUGCAAUAGUUGCAGUUGUGACUAUGAUGGUUUGUGGAUUUAGGCCUGACUUCACUAAACGGAGUGUAACGCAAAGAGCAGGCAAAACAAGGAAAAAAUGCAUAAAUAAAGGAAAACCUUUUUGAAUGUCCAA